AUGGAGACCAGACAGUCGGUUAGGAAAAGGCGAAACAGCUCCGUUUCCAACUCGAGGAGCUCGUCGCCUGUGUCGCACCGGACGAGACAGAGUAUGUCCGGACAAUUUGAGCAAACUGCGCCAUCUCUUGCACCCAAGCGUGCUGUCAGCACGCCCAAGAAAUCGAGGAAACGAGUGCGAUUCUCGGAUCCAGGUCCUCGACUACUCGAUCAUGAUGUUUGUUCAACUGGCCUGACACCGGCCAUGCAGCGAACCUCGUUUGUUGCCGGAUUCCCGGGAUCUGGGGAUCGUACACCUAGCCGGAAAGCCCGGCGCCGCUCGGCUCCAACGCCUCAUUUUCGCCGAUGCUUUGACCCGGUGGAGCCAUUUGACGAGACAUCAUCGGAGCGUGUGGUGCAGUUCACUCCUCUGCGACAGAUUUUGGACACGCGGACCCAGCGGAGAAUCAAACGAAUUGGCCUUAGUGAUGAACUCAAUCACAUUCAGCGUGAGAAGCGCGAGGUUGCGACUUUCGAGAAAACGUUGGCAGCACUGCUUCGGGAGCGAGAUGCUUUGCAGCAAGAGUUGGCUUGCAUGAAACAGGUUCGAGAUAUCCCAGGAGAUCAAUUGCCGUCUUAUGAGUCUUUCUGGAUGUCUUCUCAGUUUCGAGCCCGAGGAGUUGAAGAACAGACGACUUUGCUAUGUGAUGAUGUCUCCGUGGCCUCGCACCCCAGUUUGAAUGGGCGCGUAUCAUCUGUUGAAAAUGACGGUGAUACUUUCAUGCUGAAUGACAGUGCCAUCAUCGCUUCCAGUUCGCCCGUCUUUCGAAGUCGACGGACCAUCCGUUCACCUAGUCCAGAAAGACAAAGUCUUUUCGACGGGCCGGACUAUGAUGUCACGGCUCUGACACCAGUGAAUGAUGGUCCGGAUGAUACUGAUAUGCAUACUCUGACCAUCGAUCUGGAGACUGCUAGAAAUGAGAAGAGAGACUUGUUCGACGCAUGCCGCUCACAAAUGUCUGCCCUUGAGAACUCUGAAUUGGCCGAGAUUCUCCGCAAGCCAUCUCCACCUCCAGACUUCUUCGAGAAUAUCCUAACCACCCUGACCGCUGCGUUAUCUCGCGCUUCAGAUGCCACCAAGACUCUUGAAGGUAUCAGUCAAGAGUGCUCAAGCCUGGGCUUCUCCGGGCCCAACAUGGAUUAUGUGCUUUCAGACAUUAAAAGCAACUUCCGCUCAGCACGCCUUGAACUUGAGCGUGCCAUUCCAGGAGAGACAGCCGGUGCAGCGCUCGGGGAUGGAAAAGCCACAUUGCGCGCACUAGUAAAACGCGUAAAGUCUCUGGCUAAAGAGCUCCAGUCAGAGCGUAAAUACCACCAUGGCUCAUUGGGCCGCGAAAGGGCCCUUCGCAGACAAUUCGACAACUUAUUACACCGAUACGAAGCAGCUGCCGACAAGAUCGGUAGCCUCGAGGACUCGAUCGCAUCCUCUGCAGGUGACAUGCUCCACACCAGAAUGCGGUUGCAGGAUCUCGAGAGCGAAGACCAAGAAAAGACCGUUGGGAUUGACAGAUUAAACACGGCACUGGAUAAGUACCACGAAGAUGUGAAGGGCCUCGAAGAUUUGGUUAGCAAAAUGGAGGAUGAAAACGUCGCGAUAAAGUCAAAGUACCGCGCACAGAUAUCUGCUCUCCGAGAACAAGUUGCUCACGAGUGUAAGCAACGAUCCAUCGCUGAGCUUUGCACCUCCGAGCACGAAGCCCGCAUCCGCCAACUCGAGGAGACUGUUGCGCGAAACCGGACCCGGACAUCCGACCUGACAGCUCAGAUCGAUGCUCUUGACAAAGAACACCAGAACGCUCUCCGAGAGAAGACACAAGACCAGCAGCAACAUGCACAAGAGACAGGCACCUUAAAUGUGCGAAUUUCAGAACUCGCAACAUCCCUCGAUGCCGCUCGGUCGGAAGCUCAUCGUCUCCGCCAGGUGAACACUGGCCUCGAGGAGCAGUUGCAAAUUGAACUUGAGGCCCGGGAUGAGCUUCUUGAUCAAUGGGCCACCGAGCAGGCGCGCUCGUUUGCUCAUAUGAAAGAGACCGUCAGCUCUGAGCGCCGCAGAGCUAAGGUUCGUGCGGCUAACUGGGAGCUUAAGUCCGAUGAUCUUAUGUCUGAUGGGACCACGAUUGCCGGAAGCGAGCCUAUCACCCCGGUUAGCAUGACGCGCUUUGUUGAUGUCGAAAUGGGGAGGGGGAAGGUCCGAAGGCGCAUGGACAGUGGUGUCGGAAUCAUUACUGGGGAUGAGCUCCUGGAGAGCGAGGACGUCUCGGAUAAUGACCUGCCGACACCCAAUCUCAUUGGUUUAUAG